AUGCACGAGGCAGGGACUUCAAAGACGCAUGGUGACAGCCAAACGAUGAAUGACGGGGCGGGUAGUAAUCCAUACACCGAAAAAGCAGAAUUGGGAUUGCUUGGAAGGCAGAUAAAUCAAGUGGACUCGAUGUUAGAAAUGCUGCCUGAUGGAUUAGAUGGUGAGUUUUUAGAUAUGUGGAACAGUAAGAUGAUGCACAAACAGCCGCAGUUGGGCGGUAUUCAUGGCGAAAAUGGUGGGAUAGAAAAUAAUGAGUCAGAGAAUAUUGGUGUAGGUCUUACUCAGGAUUAUGGUGAUCUUGUAGAAGAAGAACAGGAGACUCGUGGGAGUGUAGAACCGCAGGGGUUGGGGGCUGCUGGGAUGGGGAUACAAACACGGCCGAUUGACAUUGUACAGCCUGUGGGUGGUAACCAUUAUUCCAACUUACAGAAUGGUGAGAUUGAUCAGUUAUGGGACUUUAAUGUGGACGAGUUUAUGAUGACUCCGAGCGAGCAAUCAAGUUUGAGUGAUGGAGCCACAAUAUCGCAGCCGAAUUCUUUCACGUCUGAUGCAGCAGUGGGUGACCAAGUUCAUCAGCACCAGUAUCAAAUGAAUAGCACUUGGGACCAGUUACUAUUGGGGACACACGGUGGGGGGAUGCAGUUUGAUAAUGAUCUUCAGUUUCUAUCGCAACCCAUUUUUGGAACUAACGGUAGUGAUACGGGGCAAAUUUUACAAAGGGAAGGCGAACAUCCCUCAUCAUCAAAUGGCAAUCCUGCGACAGACGGUGGAGUAGGUGAGAUGAGCACUGCUUUUUCAAGAGUGGGCGGUUCCUCCAAACGCAGUUCAGCUCAUAUAAAAUCGACAAAUCAAACGGAAGACGGGCAUAUCCCUCUCUCCUCUCAAACUGUUACAAACUCUGUGCGAAAAAAUCAAGUUACAAGGCAACUGUCAUCUUCAUCACUUACUUCUUACCGUAAAGGGGCUUCAGCUAAUAAUAUAUCAGGAACCAAAGUUCCCGCAAAGCCACAGGUCCAAUGCUUUAACUGUAAGACCUAUAAAACACCAUUAUGGAGGAGGGAUCCGCAGGGUAAUACGUUGUGUAAUGCAUGUGGCCUAUUUCAAAAGCUGCAUGGCACAAUGAGGCCGUUGUCUUUGAAAAGUGAUGUUAUCAAAAAGCGAAAUACCAAGAAAAGAAGUCUGAAAAAAGCAACACAAGUACCCUCGCAGGACCAGACUUCUAAAUCGCUAUCAAACUCUUCGCAACAAUCUACUACUACGCCGAAGCAGAGUAAGGGCCUGGUUAAUGAAGAAGGCAAUUCUAAUGCCAUUUGGACUGAUACACAACAAAAGAUUCAGCCGGUGGAAACCCUUACAACUGUGUUACCUCAAAGACCGUCUACUGCUCCCACCAAAUCGGCUGGCUAUCAUGAUUCAAAUGUUUCAAUUACUGGAGUUAUUAAGCAACAACAGCAAUUUCAUCGUAAGUCAAGUCAAGAUGCAAUAGCUAUUUCCCCUACAGCAAAUUAUUCUAAUAAAUUAAAUUCAAAUAAUUUGAUGAAUCACAACAAACGCAUGUCAUCUGGCGGUUUUUCAGGUUCAAGAAAAUCCAGAAGAAGUAGCACUUCAAGUUCAGCUUCUAAUUCUAGCAGAUCAUCAUCUAGACAAGUCGUUCAUAUCCUGCCGAAGCCUUCCCCUGAUGGGAGUGGCUCCCAUUUGCCGCUUUCAAACUCGAACUCGACAUUGAACUUCCAGCCAACUUCUAACUACUCUAGUAUCAGUGCUGUCAACAGUAGCUCAUCAUCUCCAAGAUACGUGAGUUCUCCUAGAAUCUGCAGUAAUAGCAAUGCAAACUCCAAUUCUUCUCCAAUGCCCUCAAGCAGUAUUUUAUCAACAUCAGGUGGUCGUGGGUCAUCUAUUGCCACAAUACCACGGAGAAAAUCAUCUAGAGCUCUAGUUUCUCAAUCGUUAUCUUUUAUGGCGCAAUCUCUACAGCAACUCCAAAAUCAGAACAACACCACUGUGUCCAAUACUAUGGCUUCAUCAUCUACAUUAACAUGGAAUUCAGCUUGUCCUUCACCAAAUGCCACAAAUCCAAACAGAUCGCCGCGUUUACCAUCUGAUUUAUUUAGCAACUCACAACAAUCUCAUGAAUUCCAGCGAUCUAUUUCAUUAAAGUCGCAUACUUCUCUUUUAUCUCAACAAUUACAAAAGAAUUCUAAUAAACUAAAACCUCAGCCUUCUGCACUCAACGGUCAAGCUGGAUGGUCAAAUCCCUUUCCCACUUCACAUAGUGUAGGUAUUACCGCUGCAGUUGGUACCACUGUACCUUCAGCCACUUCUUCCUCUUUAAAGAGGUCUAACGUGGCCGCUUCUCCAAGAAAUAGUUAUGCCGUCUCUCUACAGCAGCAGCGCGGUUUUCUUAGCUAUGAUCAGCAAUUACAGAGGUCAACUUUAGUUUCACAGAUGAAUGAUGAGACCGCUAAUAGUGGUCCAAAAUCUGCCACUACAAAGGAACAAGAAAAUAUGAUGGAUGACUUGGAUUGGCUAAGGUUUGGUAUUUAA